UUGCUGUGUCAUUUUGGACACCAUGGACGCGCUAAUAAAGGGGUUCUCGAAAGCCAAGGAUGGGGUCGUGGCUGCAGCGGAGAAGACGAAGCAGGGAGUAACUGGGGCGGCUGUGAUGACAAAAGGUGGCGUUAUCUUUGUCGGCAACAAAACAAAGGAUGGAGUCACAACAGUUGCAGGUAAAACAGUGUCUGGCGUUUCCCAGGUGGGCGGAGCCAUGGUAACAGGUGUGACAGCAGUGGCUCACAGGACUGUGGAGGGGGCGGGGAAUAUUGCUGCUGCGACUGGAUUGGUCAAGAAAGACACAGCCAAACAGGAUGAAGAUGCUAUGUCUAAAGACUCACCUAUCAAGGAGUCACCAGUGGACCCAGAGGGUGGUGAUACUGCUGCAGAGAAAGGCACCUGCAAGUUCCAGGACAUUUCUGGGGGGAAUUGGCCCUAG